AACCUCAUCAACAUUGUCGUGUUCCUCAGACUUGGUCUCAAGGACGGCCUCUCCGUCAGCUUCUUCAUGGUCUCCUGCGCGGACCUCACCUGCAUCCUCAUAAUGAUACCUUCUGACUUCAUCUACAUCUUCGCCAAGCAGGUGACGGAGAAAUGGAGGGUGGACGGCGAGGCGCUGGGUCUGAUUCUAGCGUACUACUACGCGUUCUUCUACGACCUCUCGCAAAUAAUCACCACGUUCAUCGCAGUGCAGAAAUGCUGCUGCGUCGCGCUGCCAAUGCGCUUCAGGAACACCUUUACGAGGGCUAGGACUUUUGGGAUGCUCUUCGCGCUCUUGCUCGCGUAUUUCUUCAUGUACCUCCCGAUCAUGGUUUCCCAGGGUCUACGGGAGAGCACGGACCGAUUCAAAAAUUCCACGGUGCUGGUUUUCUGGGCAUCCGAUCUGUGGAAUCAGAUCUACUCCGCCCGCAGCACCAUCGCCAUAAUCCUGACGUCAGCGUGCCACGUGACCGUGACGGUGUGUUUGUGUAUACUCGUGUCAAGCCUGAAUGCGUCGUCCCGUUUCAGGAAGUCAGUUUCACGCGCAGCAUCCGGUUUGAUAAUCUCUGGACCCAGCUUGCCAAUUCUGGGAAUACCACAACAACAUUCCCACUCUAAGAUCUCUCCAAGGUUCAAUUCUCUGAAGUCGCUCACCGAGUCCCCAACACCAAAAACCGAAUUUGAGAACACUAAAAAAGUAUUUCUUCCUCUUCACAUCAGCAGAGUAAGAAUACUUCAAGAAAAGAGCUCCAAACGGUCAAGUCCACGACGCUUGUAUCCGUCUUGUUCAUCCUGUGCAACACCCCCAAGCUGCUCAUCUUUUACGCCGUACUCUGCGAGCCAGAGUUCAACUUAGCGCACCGGUUCUCCUACACGUACCUCACGGCCAACACGUUCCGGUUCACGGUGGAAGCUUGGAAUGCAUCCUGCAACAUGUUCGUCUAUCUCAAGUUCAACAGGCGAUUCAGAGCUUCGCUCAGAUCGUGCUAA